ACCAACCCCUCUUUGCUAUUUUCUGUAAUCUUUCCGCCAUGGCUGUGCUAUUCUAUAUAAAUCACCGCCUCACUUCAAUUGCUCCCUGCCUUUUCCCUUCUCCCUUCAUCCUUCUCGCCAGCCUGCGAAGCGUGGAGGGUGUGAGUCAUGGCGAGUGUCUUCCCUUGCUCGGCAAAAUUCCUGUUACUCUUCUUCAUCGUCUCCGCCAUUCCCCUCGCCGUUAUCGUCCACCUUGAGACCGCCGGCCGGCCGUCCACCGAUGUUAUCCAGUACCACAGCACCGGGUGGUUCCGCGAGUGCGCCAAGUGGGACGAUCAGGGCCGUCGAUUCCUCGUCACCUUUUUCGACGGCGGCGUCGGCCAGAUUCCCGUCCCCCUCGACCACGACGGCUCCGCCGGAUCUGUCCUCCAGGAAACGCCGCUCGUCAAGGAGGUUGACUUGUCCGGGAACGCCUCGCUUGGCCUCGCUAUUGACCGUCGCCGUAACCGUCUUCUCGUGGCCGUCGCCGAUGUUUUCGGGAACCGGUAUAGCGCUCUGGCCGCGUAUGAUUUGUCCACGUGGAAGAGAAUAUUCCUUACGAAACUCGGCGGCCCAGAGGACGAGAAAUCAUUUGCAGAUGACGUUGCGGUUGAUGAGGAGGGGAAUGCAUACAUAACAGACGCUAAAGCGAGUAAGAUAUGGAAGGUCGGGCCCGAGGGAGAGCUCCAGCAUACAAUAAGGAGUCCCCUUUUUACCCCCAAAGAGUGGUACAAGAACUUGGUUGCUCUCAAUGGAAUUGUGUAUCAUCCAAACGGAUACCUGCUAGUUGUCCACACUUUCUCGGGCAAUUUGUACAAGGUCCAAACAGCAAAGGGAAACAAAGUCGAGAUUGUUAACGUGGUUGGAGGGUCACUGAGGUUUGGAGACGGCAUGGAGCUUCUGUCGCCCAACAAGCUGGUCGUUGCUGGGAACCCAACAAGGCUGGUCGAGAGUUCUGACGAUUGGGUAAGCGCUAGGAUUGUGGGCAAAACCAACGGCGCCAUUCAUCGUGUGUCAACUGCAGCCACGGUGAAGGAUGGGAGAGUGUAUGUUAGCCAUUUGGUGGGCAUGGGGUAUCCCAGGAGAAAGCAUGUGCUGGUUGAGGCUGUGUUUUCUGCUUGAACCUGUACAAGUAGUUCAUUCAAGGAGUAAUUGAGUUGGAUUAUGCAUGUAACCAAAUCUUGUUUUUCAAUGUUCCUUCUCAGGUUUCAGAUUUUAUGUAUGUUUCUAUGAGGAUUUUGUAACCUAGUUUUGUUUCAAGUUUAUGAAAUCUGUAUUUCU